ACAUGUGAGGGUAUUACGGUAACAACAACAGCUCCAGACUCCAACAUGUCGCUGUCCUGUGCGAGACUAUGCAGCCGGUUGUCUUUGGUCCGACUGUGUGGUCAUGGCAGUAACAUAAUAACACACAGGGUCUAUUUUCCUAAUGUGUCCUGUCAGUCCAGGUGUCCUCCCUGCAGACGCUUCACCUCCUCCAAAGUGAGACCGGGUCUGGUUCGGUAUGUUUCCUCCAGGAUCCAGUGGGCAAAUGCCAAGUACGAGUCUUUCCUCCAAAGGCGAUUUCCACGAUUUUUUCUGCUAUAUCAUACCUUUGUGGAAGGAUUCAAGCAGCUGUUCAAAGAUGCCACAGAGGUGAGGAGGAUAAAGACAAGAAUGCUGUUGGGUUUAAAGUACCAGGAUUUGCCCUACAGAGAUAUGGAGAAACUCAGACAGUUCCGCAGAGACUUAAUGAAGGCCCUCCCGCUGGUGGUGAUUUCCAUCCCCCCCUUUGCCAACUACCUGGUGUUUGUCUUGAUGUACUUUUUCCCCCGUCAGCUGCUCAUCCCUCAUUUUUGGACUCCAAAGCAGCAGGUGGAGUUUCGGAGAGUGUACCAUUCCCUCAGGGCUCAGCGCCACUGGCUGGUGCUAAAAAGCCUCGAGAAUACAAGCCAGCAGGUCAAAAAUGGCCAACUACAAGGUUCCCUAAAGGACCUUUGCAGUAAAGUGCAAAAUGGAGCAAACCCUAAAGUGACUGAAAUCCUUGCUGUUCGCAGCCUGUUUUCUGGACCCCCUUUGGGUAUUAGGAGGAUGAGUGUUGAUCAUAUGCGACAAAUCAGCCCCCUGCUCUUCCUGACGCCUCGUCUCCCGGGUUUCCUGAUUGGCCGGCGGCUGAACAGCCACGCCCUGGAGCUGCUGCAGCUGGACCGGGCCCUCAGCCGGCUGGGCCUUCACCAGCUCAGUGACGCUGAGCUCAGACAGGCGUGUUAUAUGAGGGGGAUUCAUUCCGACAGUCUUGGGAUUGACCAGUGUCGUGCCUGGUUGUCCCAGUGGCUUCAGGUGUCCUCCUCGUUGAAAGCUUCAGAGGUGUCGCUGCUUUUGCACUGCAUCGUAUUUCUCUCUGCAAACUACCCAAAGGCCCCCAGCCGCCACUCACAGGAAGCCUGAUGCAAACGGCUUCACCAGUCAUUGUUACUUAAGUGAAGUGCAAAACACAACUUCCUAAAAUUUGUCAACGUCUCCUUACUGCAAGGGGGUGGGGGUGGGGACUCUAUUUCCCGGCAAAUGUGUGAGAAACCAAAACCACUCGUAUUCAUCUGAGGUGGAGGAUAACACCACCAAGAAACUUAAGCACUUGUAGUUAUACAAAGUUAAUUUGGAAAAAUAAGCUGAGUGUUAAUAGUGAGAUUAGUACUCUUCUGUAGUUUUGAUUCUCAGGAUGCACUUAAACAUAUUAAAUUGUGAUAUUGGGGUGAUGAUUUGCUGCUGUAUCUCAAGCUUGUUGCCAUUUUGAAAUGCCCAUGUAUUUUGCUUCUAUCUGAACAAACACAUUAAUACACAGCUACAAGAACUCGCAACACAAAGACCGAGUGUGAUACAAACCGCAGGACAUUGUGGAAAUCUUCAGCUGUAUUCCUUUCAUAAAAAUAUGUUUGCUAUUAUCAUGUGGGCAUUUAAUAUGUAUUCACAUGUUCUCAUUUCUCAUGUUAUCGGCUCAUUUUCUGCUUUGUUUUUACUUUUUUACUUCGAAUGCUUUGGGUCAUCACAAUGUCGCAUAAAAGAGGAAAUCCUCUCGAAAAAUGACAACAGGACAACAUCAAAAUUAACAGCUUACUUAAAAUCCCCUUUUUAAAGAAUAUGUGUGCAGUGCGAAAACCAAAAAAUGUUUUCUGCUUUGACAUUCAGGCUUUAUUACAAUUUGAGAAGCUAAACUUCUGAAUAAUAAUCUUCAGAAACCUUUUAGCUGCAUCACAGCAGCUGAAGUAUGUAGUAUGAGCUGGAAUGGCACUUUAUUGUUUACUUGUUUUGCUUUUUUCUGUGAAGGUUUAAUGACAUUCAUUUAUCUUGUUAAGACUACAACACUUGAGCUCAAAAUGUCACGUUUUUCACCCACAAAGAGGAAGUCAUCAUUUUUUGUGCUGCUGUCUGGCCUAAAAUGUAAAGUCAUACAUGUCAUUUGCUUCCUGUGCCUUUUGCAACUAUUGAAAUAAACGUUGAUCUGGAAUAUGA